AUGGCCGCCGUCGCCGCCGCUAUUACUGGUUGUUCCACCACCACCACUAAUAUCUUCCUUCUCUCCUGCCGCCGCCGCAGCACCAUCACCGGUCUAAAUCUAAUCAAUAACCACCGCAGCAGCGUUCCUAGUGCCGGCGGCAAAUUGCUGCUUCCGCCUAGGUCACCUCUUUGUCUAGUUCCAAAUUCACGCAAUAAUACAGCACGGAGAUUGCAAUUAUUAUUAUGUUACUGCACGGAGAGCAGUAAUACAGCAGCAACAAUGAAAUCGGAAUCGGAAAGUGAAGAAAAGGGGAUAAAAGAGACGGCGAAUAGUCUGGAUAUAAGGGUGGGGAAAAUCGUAAAGGCGUGGAGGCACGAGGAGGCGGAUUCACUUUACGUGGAGGAGGUUGACGUCGGCGAGGCAGAGCCGAGAACCAUUUGCAGCGGCCUUGUCAAAUACAUCCCCCUCCAUCUUCUCCAGGACAGGAAUGUAAUAGUACUUGCGAAUCUAAAGGCUAGAAAUAUGCGAGGUGUGAAAUCGUUUGGAAUGCUGAUGGCGGCUUCUGAUGCAGCACAUGAGAAUGUAGAGCUUCUAGUGCCGCCGGAGGGUGCAGUUCCUGGUGAAAGAGUAUGGUUUGGUUCUGUUGAUGAUAAAGACAACCUACCUGAUGCUGCAUCACCUAACCAGAUUCAGAAGAAGAAGAUAUGGGAAUUGGUACAGCCUCACCUACGGACAGAUGAAGCAGGUGUUGCUACACUCGACAUGAUACACCAGAUGCGAACAUCUGCCGGCCCUGUUAUCUCUCAAUCUCUCUACAAUGCUAACAUCUCCUGAUUCUCUACAACUAUCUUUAUUUCCCAAUCGGAAUAUUUGUUUUUUCUCUUGUCCUCCGAAAAUAAGAUCAAAUAUUCAGCUUUCUACUGCAUUUUUUUUCGUUC